AUGUCCAAUGCGAUACCCAGCAACACUGCACGCCCUGUCGCCUCUGGAUCCUCGAACCGCCAGAGGCGGCGACAUAGCCAACACAUACCACCGCCUACUACAGGCGCAAUGAGCGAAAGUGUGCCCGCUGCCCCAGAGGUACCGCGUGCGCCACCCUCGUCUUACAGAGACCCAUAUGCCAAAGGUGUCAGAGUACCUGCGCGCACGGCUUCUGGUCGGUCCCGCGAUCCAGCCAUCCAAUUGAACCCGAGCAGACAGCAAGCGACCAUACAAACAGCCGCCGAUAGACUAUACGAACUACGCUCACCACCAUACGCACCAGUCGAGCCAUUGGCAGGUACUGUCGAGCGCCGCGGCUCCAGUCGCAAACCCUCUGUACCUGACCGAUCACCACUGCAAAAACUAGAGGGGAAGCUAGAUGACAUCAGCAAAGAAGAGAGAAGAGCGAGGAUACUCGAGGCGGAAUUGGCAGCGCAAGAAAAGGCCGAGGCUGAGAUGCGGGCAAGGCGGGCGCGAGAGGCCGCGAUUAAACAGCAACAAGAAGCCGCAAUUAAACAGCAGCAAGAAGCUGCACUAAAACAGCAGCAGGAGGAAGAACAACGAGCAGCAGCCAACGCAGCAUCCGUGCCAGAGAGGUCUCCUAGGGUUCCAAGCGAAGCAAGCAGUGGCAAUAACCGUGUCUCAAUGCGAACGCCAGCCUUGCACCUGUCUCCGCAGAUGAGUGAACUCGAAUCCGACGACGGCUAUGUCUAUGACCUCAACGAACCCUGGGAUCCUAACGGGGCACGGGCUGUAGCAGUCCAACCCAUCCAGGCUGGGACGGUCCACAAGCGCCCACCUGUACCUUCAGGAUACGACGCCUUUCCGCACAACAACGCCGCUAGUCCGCGAAGCACCAGCACGAAGGGGAAAGAGCCAGUUGGAGUUGCACGAGGCAGUGGCAGCUACAGCGAUCGAAGUGCCAUGGCAAACAUACACAGGAAGCCAGUCCCUGCUGCUGCGGGGCUUGGCUUAGUAGGUGUAGACGAUACCUCGGCGGGUGCUGAAGUUGCUGGCUCGGACAGCAAGCAAGACCAUGGCCGAAGAGACAGUCGGGGCAUCAUGGCGGCGCAGAUGGAAAUGCAACAACACUCUAUUGAUCACAAGGGAACACCCCGGAGUAUUGAGAACCGACAACUAAAACCUCUAAAGCCUCUCAUGCCUCCUGUGCCCCAAACCAACCGCAAGAGCGUCGUUUUUUCAGAGUCCGAAUCGGAGUUGGAGGCACACGAUCCAGAGAAGACUCGUAAACGCGACUCCCGCCAUUCCCGCCACUCGAGCCAUCACAGCGACCCAGAACGGACAUAUACCCCUGGCCCGAUGCUUGACGAGUGGAGGAAUGCGCCUAUUGGCACCCUGGGCGCAGAUGAUCUUGAUCUGAACACCCCAGUCACAGCCAACAGCGGCAACAAAGCGUGGUGGGAAGAGAGCAAGGCCGCGCGGCGAAGACGUUCCAGCAGUCACGCAUCUCCAACAUACGAUGGCUAUGCUGACACUCCUACCCCGACUGCUUUCAACCCACCAUUGUACCUCAAGUGUGGACCCCUUUUGCGCUACACGGGCCUUCGCAAAGACCGUAGCAGGCCAGGGCCAGGGAAUGAGCGCGAGAUAUGGCGAGGCAGCGUCAUGAUUGUGACUGUUGACGCCUCUUCUUCUUAUGUCAAGCCGCCGACAUUACGUCUGUUCAAGCAGCCAAUGGACAUAUUGCCCCCACCGCCAGAAGAGGUCGAUCAAGAUCAACUAGACCCGUCCUACAUCGAUCCUGUUGAAGGCCAAAUCAAAGUCUCGCGCACAGGCAAGACAUUGUAUGUCAAACCGAUCGAUGAAAUACCAGAAGACGAGGAUCUAUCUCGUAUCGAAGAUGACACCGGCCUUUUCUCCCAGACCCGAAGUACUACCAAUGGCUCGGCUGCUAAGUCCACCCGCAUUCAUAAGAGAGACGGCGAAAAGCUCGGUAAAGUGCGUGACUUCCCCGGUAUACGUCUAUACGCUGAAAGAGGAGUCACCUUCUGGCGCUUCAACAUUGAAGUCGAGCUCGGAACCAGUCAGACACGGAUUGCCUACAGGAUCAAUCAGGGUCCUGCAAUUGGAUUCUGGGUUCCUGCAAAGGGAGAAUCUAUGAACAUCAUGUUCCACAGCUGCAAUGGAUUUUCCAUGAGCGUGGAGUCCAAGCAGUUCUGUGGACCUGAUCCCAUGUGGCGCGAUGUGCUGAACACGCAUCAGACCCGCCCUUUUCAUGUGAUGAUUGGCGGAGGUGACCAAAUCUACAACGAUGCGGCAAUGAGACAGACUACCUUGUUUCGAUCAUGGACCGAGAGCAGGAACCCCUUGCACAAACACCAUCAGCCAUUCUCUGAGGAGAUGCAGAAUGAGCUGGAGCAGUUCUACCUUGAUCGGUACUCGAUGUGGUUCUCGCAGGGAAUGUUUGGCAUGGCCAACUCGCAAAUUCCGAUGGUCAACAUGUGGGAUGAUCACGACAUCAUCGACGGCUAUGGUUCUUACCCUCACCACUUCAUGCAAACGCCUGUCUUCACGGGCGUUGGCGCAGUCGCCUUCAAGUACUAUAUGCUCUUCCAACACCAGUCGGUGGCCGCUGAAACCGAGAAGACCGAGCCGUCAUGGCUGCUUGGAAAAAAUCCAGGACCUUACAUCAAAGAGCGCUCCAGAAGCGUCUUCAUGCAGCUUGGUCGACAGGUGGCCUUCCUUGGCCUUGAUUGUCGCACGGAGCGACGGCGGGACGAGAUACUCACUGAGGACUCUUACGACAUCAUAUUCGAUCGCCUAGAAGACGAGAUCAUCAAGGGCGAGACUAAGCACCUGAUAGUACUACUUGGGGUACCCAUCGCUUACCCUCGUUUGAACUUCCUUGAGAUACUAUUGACAAGUAGGAUCAUGGACCCUAUCAAGGCCCUCGGUCGCACUGGUCUGCUAGGCAACUUUGUCAACAAGUUCGACGGAGGCGUGGAGAUCUUGGAUGAUCUUGAUGAUCAUUGGACAGCCAAGCACCACAAGGAAGAGCGCAACUGGUUCAUUCGUGAGCUGCAACACAUUGCUUCCACAAAGUCUGUUCGUGUUACUAUUCUUGGUGGCGACGUACAUCUUGCAGCUGUCGGUCAGUUCUAUACCAACAAGAAACUCAACGUGCCCAAGGACAGGGAUCACAGGUAUAUGCCAAACGUGGUUUCUUCCGCUAUAGUCAACACGCCGCCUCCUGACAUCAUGGCGGACAUUAUCAACAAGCGGAACAAGGUCCAUCAUCUCGAUCAUUACACGGACGAAGACAUGAUACCUCUCUUCAGUCAUGGCGUGGACGGAAAGAAGAGAAAUAACAACCAUCUACUGCCACAUCGAAACUGGUGCAGCAUUCGCGAGUACAAGCCGGGCUCUACACCUCCAGACACUCCCUCACCACCCUCGACACCGACAGAUGGCCCUCGCUUGGGCAGAACCAUGUCUGACUUCACGCCUGGUCAGCUGGUAAGGCGGUUAAGUGGUCAGCAGACGAGACCCUCUGCACGAGGUCGUGGUCCCCCUGUGUCAUAUCGCAACAAUCCCGCAUAUGCUGCGGCCGAUAAUGAGCAGGUGGGCCACCACCAUCAGCCGCAGUCUUCGUUCUCCCCGGAUCGCUCUGAUUCAGAGAAACUCACUCGUUCGCGUCGCAAUUCUUUGUCUUCUCUCUUCCGUCGUCGUACCUCGGUCGACGGUGGCCGUCCAGGCACAUCAGGGAGCAUGUCCUCUCCUCGAAGCCGUCCCAGCAUGUCACAAGAUAGACCGUCGGGCUUCCACCGCCGUCCUAGUGUGAUAAGCAAGAAGGGUGCAUCAAAGCACGAUGAACUCAUCAACCUCGAAGGCGGUCUCGACAUCUGUCUCAAUGUCGAAGUAUCGCAACACGACCCGGCAGGUAUCACCAUGCCAUAUAGGCUUCUUGUGCCAGCUCUUCAUUAUGUCGAAUCAGAGGAUGGUGUCGUGGAAAAGGAACCUCGCAAGCCCAAGGGGUUCUUCGCUGCAUUUGGUGGCAAGCAUAAGAGUACGAUUGGUGAUGAUGGGAACUCGAUUUCAGGCAGCGAGAGUGGAAGUUCGACGCCGACGGUCGGCGCGCCGCAGAAUCUCGCUCCAGAAAUCCACGGACGACGAAGCCUGGAUGUGGGUGCGGGUACAUCCUCCAGAGCCUCAGCAUGGGAAAACGCAGCAGCGAAACGACACGUCAGUGCGCUUCAGCAUCCUCCCAUAACCCAGCUUGCGGUCCCGACGACAGCGGUUCCAUCCCGCUCCAACUCCGCCCGCAGACAACCAUCGUAUAACUCAUCGCACAAGUCCCAACUCCCUUCCCCAGAAGUAGACAUACAAGUGAACAAGAAAUCAAAGCGCCAAUCUUACCCACCUCACCCAGCAAUCGUCGGAGCCGGCCCGGGAUCCCCCUACGCAAAAUACGGCCAAGGCCUCCAACCCAGACAAGACAUUACAGGCGGUGACUACUUCAGCAGCGGCGGUCGCGACGGCCAACCUCACCCUGCAGCAGUCCAUCCCGCAACAGCCGCCGCCGUUCAUCCAGCCGCCGUCCACCCCGCAACCGCCCCCCGACAAGCCGUCGACCCAGAAUACAACGAGAAACCCGUCCAACGCGCAGACUACGCUCAACCCCAACGAAGCGGCUACGACCGCACCGCCGCCGCGUAUCCGGCGUACCCCCAACGCAACGGCAGCGUGGGCGCCGGCGCUAGAUAUCUUGGUACAGGCAGGUAUCAGGGCGGCGAGGAUAGCUCUGAUAGCCUUGGUGACGAAGAUGAUGAUGAGGAUGGUAGGAGUUAUAGUGGGAAGGAGGAGCAGAAUAGUCAGGAUAGUUUUGUUGUGCCGAAACAAAAGAAGAAGUGGCAGAUUUGGAAUGCUUAUUAUAUCUUGCCAUACAUGCCUCCUUAA